GGGGCGGGGCCGGACCGUGCGCGCGCUGCCCGCGCCGCCCCUUCCCGCCGGCCGCCGCAGUGGUGUCGGGCGCCAGUGCGCCGCGCCCGCCGCUCCCGCCCCGCUCCCCCGGCUCCGCCGCGACCCCCGGCACCCCCCGAUCCUCCUCACAAGCCCUCCCGCCGCCAGUGCUCCCCCCCGCACCGCCAUGGCCGACGAGCUCGACUUCACCACGGGCGAUGCCGGCGCCUCCUCCACCUACCCCAUGCAGUGCUCGGCGCUGCGCAAGAACGGCUUCGUGGUGCUCAAGGGGCGCCCCUGCAAGAUCGUGGAGAUGUCCACCUCCAAGACGGGCAAGCACGGCCACGCCAAGGUCCAUUUGGUUGGUAUUGAUAUCUUCACUGGUAAAAAAUAUGAAGAUAUUUGCCCAUCUACUCAUAACAUGGAUGUCCCAAAUAUCAAGAGGAAUGAUUACCAGCUGAUAGGCAUUCAGGAUGGAUAUCUCUCCCUGCUGACAGAAAGUGGUGAAGUUCGUGAGGAUCUAAAGUUGCCAGAAGGGGAUCUUGGCAAAGAAAUAGAAGGAAAAUUCAAUGCCAAUGAAGAUGUGCAGAUAUCUGUCAUAAGUGCAAUGAAUGAAGAAUGUGCUGUAGCCAUAAAGCCUUGCAAGUAAAGAAGAUCUCCAGGCUCGGGCAACUGCUCAGGUCUGGACAAACCACAGAUCUAUAAAUUUGGUCCUUAUUGUCACCAAAGCUCUGGCCUUCACAAGCAACCUCAUUUCCUUUUUGAAUUGUUAAAAAGCAGUGCUGGAUUCUGGAUUAGUGUUGCAGGCUAACUGGCAGUUUUCAAAAUCACUGAGAUUUUAAUUCCUUAAUUGUAACUAUUUUAACAUUCCUGUGGGUUUCAGCUAUGGAUCUAAGAAACCAAUCAGGUGUUACUAGUGGAUAUAUUUUUAUUUGCUUGAGCAAAACAGUGUUUGUCUGUAUGAACAGACAAAAUACAGUAUUCAGGGGCUUUUAGAUAAGCUGGUAGGUAUCUAGGAUUAUAAAGUGACCUAGAGCACAAAUAGUAUUUUUCUUGACAUCUUUAGGUAGAACUGACAAUAAAAGUAGCUUUUUUUGGUUUUUUUUUUUUUUUAAAGCUUAAGUACUUUGUGGAUUGGGACUCUUGCAGAACUGUAGGUGCCAAUCACAACUUUUAGACCAAGAAACUCAAGUGAUCAGAAAUGCCAGCUGGCUUGACCAAGCCCCAGUGGCCAUGUGCAACUAAACUGUAUUACCUCUGUUUUCUUCUUUGCCAACUUGUUGGCUUAUUGUAACGAUAAAAUGGUUUAAAAAAAAAAAAAGCCUACCUGUGGUUUAGGCAGGCCUUUGGAAUAUUGAGUGGGUAAGACAUAGAUAGGUCAAGGGGACACAAAGGUGAGAAUGGAUGUUAAAGCUAUAGACUUUCACUCGAGGCCUUUGUCAGACUUGAAAAAUAAAAUAGAAAAAUGCAGUUCAA